AUUUUAUGCCUUGGCAUUCCACCGUCUUGUUCUUUCUUCUCUUGCGUGGUUUUCAGUUCUAAGUCAUGGAUGUGUCACAAAAUCGUAUGGGCAAAAUCCUUGCGCAUUUGCGAGGACAACCUGAUAGUUGCUCAGUGGUUUGUCAGCCAACGGCUUCGCAGGGAUUCAGCGACGAUGACAUAGUUAUUGUCAGUGCUGUUCGAACGCCUAUAUGUAAGGCAAAGCGCGGCGCGUUCGCAUCGGUGCAUUGGACAAAACUGCUCUCAGUUGCAGCCAGGUCUGCAUGCGAUAGGAUCAACCUGAAUCCUGAUCUAAUCGAAGACGUACAAGUUGGAACUGUCCUGCCACCUGGUGGCGGUGCUCAUCCUGCUCGCAUGGCUCUGUUGGCAGCUGGGUUUCCAGAAAAGACUUGUCUGUCUGCAACUAACCGUCAGUGCAGCUCUGGCCUCCAAUCAGUGGCCACCAUCGCAGCGGCCAUUCGCAGCGGCUACAUUGAAAUUGGCAUGGCCGCCGGGGUAGAAAGCAUGACUUCAAACGACAUGAUGUCGGCGAUUGGCUCUCUUCCAGACUUCUUGCUCGAAAAUCCUAAAGCAAAAGAUUGUCUGAUUCCUAUGGGAGUAACUUCAGAGAAUGUGGCAGAAAAGUACAACAUUGGGCGUGCCGAACAAGAUGAAUUCGCCCUCCAGUCACAACAGCGCGCUGGAAAGGCACAGCGAGAAGGGCUAUUCAAAGACGAAAUCGUACCUGUAUCAGUAACUGUGUCUAACUCAGAUGGAUCAACGAAACAAGUCACAGUAUCAGAUGACGAUGGCAUUCGCUCAACAACCCUAGAAGCACUCCAGGGCUUACGACCAGCUUUCAAACAAAAUGGAACGACUACGCCUGGGAAUUCUUCCCAAGUUUCCGACGGAGCCGCGGCGGUCAUUCUGAUGAAGCGCCGAAAGGCACUCUCACUCCGUUUGAAGCCGCUCGGGCGUUUUCUAUGCUUCUGCGUGGUCGGGGUGCCUCCCGACAUCAUGGGUAUCGGGCCUGCAUACGCCAUCCCAAGGGCCAUCGAAAUGGCGAAUUUAAAAAUGUCUGACAUUGACAUCUUUGAAAUAAAUGAAGCAUUCGCUUCUCAGGCCGUGUAUUGCGUUCGAAAACUCAACCUCGACAUUGAAAAGGUUAAUCCGCUAGGAGGUGCCAUCGCUCUAGGACACCCCCUCGGUGCCACCGGAACGCGCAUGGUAGCAACUUUGCUCUAUCAACUCAGGCGCACCGGAAAAAGGUAUGGUGUUACCUCUAUGUGUAUAGGUACUGGUAUGGGGGCAGCAGCAGUUUUCGCUGCGGAAUAAAACCAAAAUUUUUUUUAAUGC